AAUGCUCCGCCUUCCAUUACUCGUGGUGCGCUAUGCGCCCGACGUCAGACGAAAAACGUGCCCUGAGAGGUUAAGUUUGUUUUCGUCAACUUGAGGAGAUGGGUCAACAGGGAAAAUCAAAUAAGAUGGCAAACGGAAAACUUAAAAGAGGAACCGAAAAGAAACCUAAAAAGAAAGUGAAGCCUUGGUCUGGUAAAAAGAAAACUGACUCAGAAAAAGCUGUCAUAGCAAAACUUCGCAGUAAAUACAACCAGAUCGAUCCUAAGAAAAUUAAGUACUUCAAAGACUUUCCAUUAUCGGAUGAGACCCAACGAGGCCUCAAAGAACAUGGGUUUGUUGAGCCGACAGAAAUUCAAAGAGAGAGCAUUGGACUGAGUUUGAAAGGUCAAGACAUUUUAGGCGCUGCCAAAACUGGGAGUGGAAAAACUUUGGCAUUCUUGGUUCCGAUUUUAGAGAUUUUGCACGGUAAACAAUGGACUCGUUUGGAUGGCUUAGGAGCAUUAAUCAUCACCCCAACUCGUGAAUUAGCCUAUCAGAUAUUUGAAGCACUUCGGAAAGUUGGUGCUCACCAUGAUUUCUCAGCUGGACUCAUCAUAGGAGGAAAAGACCUUAAAAUGGAGAGGUCUCGCAUGGAUCAACUCAAUAUAAUUAUCUGUACCCCAGGGCGCUUAUUACAGCACAUGGACGAAAACCCAUUGUUCGAUUGUUUCAAUUUACAGGUUCUAGUUUUAGAUGAAGCGGAUCGUAUUCUUGAUCUUGGUUUCAAACAAGCAAUGAAUAGCAUAAUUCAAAAUCUACCCACUGAAAGACAAACGCUUCUAUUUUCUGCGACCCAAACUAAACGUGUUGAAGAUUUAGCUAGGCUCAGUUUGAAAGAUCCAAUGUAUGUUUCUGUUCAUGAACAUGCUGCUCACAGCACUCCUGAAUCACUUGCUCAAAGUUACCUCGUUUGUGAGCUUGAGGAUAAAAUUUCAGUCUUGUUUUCUUUUCUCAAAAGCCAUACAAAGCAUAAAGUGAUUGUCUUCUUGUCAAGUUGUAAACAGGUAAAAUAUAUGUAUGAAAUUUUCGAGCUGCUGAGACCAGGAAUACCAUUACUAGCUCUUUAUGGUACAUUGAAUCAAAUGAGGAGAAUGGCGAUCUAUGAAGAGUUUUGCCGCAAAGCCAAGGUGGUGUUGUUUGCGACUGAUAUUGCAUCCCGUGGUCUUGAUUUCCCUGCUGUGAAUUGGGUUGUGCAAUUGGACUGUCCAGAAAAUGCAGACACAUAUAUCCAUAGAGCAGGUCGAACAGCCAGAUUACAGGAAUCUGGAGAGAGCCUAUUGUUUCUCUUGCCUUCAGAAAAAGAACCCAUGCUAAAAAGGCUAGAGGACCACAAAAUUCCUAUCAAAGAAAUACAUGUAAAUCCUGAGAAGUUGACAAAUCCAGGUCCAAAAAUUGAGUCAUUUCUUGCUAAAUCUCCAGAGCUGAAAGAGAGUGCCCAAAGGGCUUUUGUUGCGUAUGUUAAAUCAGUUUUUCUCAUGAAAGAUAAGGACGUUUUUAACAUUGAGGCUCUUGAUACUGAUGCUUAUGCGAGAUCCCUUGUGGCCAUUCCUCCAAGAAUAAGAUUCUUGCAGAGAAAAAAGCAACGAGAAGAUAUGCAAAGAAAUUUGAAAAAUGAGAAGAUCCUUUCCAAAGCCGGAAAGGAAAGUUUGACACAGUCUCCUAAGAAAAAUAUCAGCCCCAAAAAGAGUGUAGGCAAAGACACUGAUGAACCUGACUCUGAUAAAGAAUCAGAGGAUGAUGAUACUGAUGAGGAAUCAGAAGAUGUUACUGAUGUGGAAUCAGAAGAUAAUACUGAUGGGGUUGAACAGAAGGUUAAGCCUGAAACUAAGCAGGAGCAAAAGAAAAUUUUAAAAGGGUUUAAUUUUGAAUCUGAUGACAGUGAUGAUGAAGAUGUCUUGAAAUUGAAACGUCACAACCAUGAGUUGGCUGCUGAAAUAGCUCCCCUCACAGAAGAAGAAUUGAAAAAGCCUAAAGGCAAAAAUAAAACUCAACCCCUAACUAAACCUGCAGUUGCAAAGAAAUUCUUGAGAAAAAAAAUUCAACUUAACAAAAAAGUGGAGUUUGAUGAAGAAGGCAGGGUUGUAUUGGAUCCUAAAAGUCAGAAGGUGUCAGCUCUUGCCCAGGAGUAUGAUGCUGAAGAUGUUGGAGGUAUUGACAUUGAAAAGGCAAAGGCAGUCAUGAGGGAGGAAGAUCUCAUUGACAAACAAAACUUCAAAGCUAAAAUUCGGGCAAAACAUAGGGAGGAGAAAAAUAAGGCUAAGUUCAAAAAGCAGGAUGAGGAGGUGCAUGAUGACUUCAGUAGUGAUGAAAGUAGUGGUCCAGACCUAUCAUGGCUUCCCGAUCCCGAUAGUAUUUAUGGGCCAAAGAAGAGUGAUGAUGAGGAUGAGGAAUUUUACAGUGGCGGUUCUAGCCACAAACAACACCGCAAAAAGAAAAAUUCAUUUAGUUCAAGGGAGGAUGAUGCAAGUGAAAGUGACGAGAGCAGCCCUCCUCCUCCCCCUCAGUCCAAGCGCAAAUUAAAGAAACAAGGAGGUAAAGAAGGCAAGAAGGUUCGGCACAACAAAGAAGAAUCGUAUGCUACAUUGGACACUGGGUUAUCUCUCCAAGAAGAUGAGGAGCUUGCUUUGAAAUUCCUAAGGGCUGGUCGCUCAUAAAUUUAUGUUGAUAUUUGUUAUGAAUUUUAAGUUAGUGAAUAAAUCAUAUUGUAUGGAUUAAUAACAUGCAUUGAAAUUAG